AUGGUGAAGUUCGCCGACGAACACUGUCAACGCCUCCGCGCCAUCGUCGACAAGGCCGUCUCAUCGGGACCCGGCGGCAUUCCCGGCGCGACAGUAGUUGUGUUCGGUAAAGAUGGGUCCGAGCCAUUUGCCUAUUCUGCUGGCAAGCGAGGCCUCUGUUCCAAGGAGAACAUGACGCUGGACAGCGUGUUUUGGAUGGCAUCGUGCACAAAGAUGCUUACGGCCUUGGCGUGCAUGCAGCUAGUCGAACAAGGCAUCCUCCGGCUUGACGAUGGCAGCCAACUUGAGCAACUCUGUCCAGAGCUCCAAAAGCUGAAGGUGCUCAAGCAGAAUGGGGAUACGGAGCCUAAACAGAAUGGCAUCACCUUGCGUAUGCUCCUCACGCAUACGGCAGGCUUUGGGUACUCCUUCUCCAAUGAAAAUAUUCGAGACUGGGGAUAUCCCGCCGGCAUCGACGAAUUUUCUGGCGACAUUGAGGACAUACUCCAACCUCUGCUAUUUCAGCCCGGGGAGGGCUGGGCGUAUGGCGUCGGCAUCGACUGGGCUGGGCUUGCACUUGAGCGAGCCAUGAAGAUGCGGCUCAACGAUUACGUCCAGGACAAAAUAUGCCUUCCUCUUGGCUUGGAGAAUGUCAACAUGCUUCCAACCCAGUCAAUGAAAGACAAAUUGGCCUACAUGCAUCAACGCUCGCCCGACGGAAGUCUUGCCGCCCGCGAUCAUCUCCUUCGACGGCCCCUUGUCGUUCAGUCAAGGGAGCAGAGGGAUGCCAUGUUCCAAAGCGGAGGGGCUGGCAUAUUUGCAAAGCCGCAGGAGUACUGUCGGAUCCUAAGCGUGCUCUUAAAUAACGGCAUAUGCCCGCGGACCGGCGCGAAACUGCUACAGCCAAAAACGCCCGACCUGACGAAUCCGGUCCCCCAUCUCUACCCAACCGAGGCGGAUUUGCCGCAAGGAUGGGGCCUCAGUUUUAUGCUAACCGGAGGCGCGACGGGUCGUUCUUCGGCAACAGCUUAUUGGGCGGGUCUGGCAAAUCUGUACUGGUGGGCUGACCGCGAGAAUGGCAUAGGAGGCCUGGUUUGCACGCAGAUUUUGCCUUUUGGGGACUCUCGAGCCUAUGGGCUGUGGACUGAGCUCGAGAGCGCCGCAUACCAGGGGCUCAAGGGUCAAGCUUGA